CAUACAUAACCGCAUCGCAUUCCUCAUCUCGUCAUCUGACAAAUUGAGUGAAUGUUAAACCACUCAUUUUUUGCAUAAUAAAGUUGAAAACAAUGCUUUUCAUUUGUAAAAGAUAGAUUCGACUUUUUAUUAGUUAUACAAUUCAUUAUGGAGUCAGGAAUUUCCGAAAAUAAGUCGGCAGAGCCGCUGACUCCAGAGGAGAUGCGACGUCUAGAGCACAUAAGACUUCACGAGCAACAUAGAGGCCAUGACGCAAUGCACCUUGAAAUGAUACUCAUUCUUAUCGUAACUCUCGUCGUAGCGCAAGUAGUUUUAGUAGAAUGGAAACGAAGACACCAUAAAUCUUAUCAGCUCGUAACGUUAGCUGGUAUGUGGAUAAUUCCGCUCGGCUGCUGCUUAAAAAACCAGUGGUGGAGGUUCAUCUUCCUCUGGCUACUUUUCUCGUGCAUAACUGCUCUAGUCGUAAGGAAAGCGUUAGAGAAGCCUAUUCAAGGAACCACUCCUAGGCUAGUGUACAAAUGGUUCUACUUCAUCUACCGGUUGAGCUAUGGCCUGGGCAUCGUGGGCUAUGUGAUAAUGAUGGCCACCCUAUUCGGCCUCAACAUAGUGUUCGAUGCCAAGCCACAGACUUGGAUGGAUGUGGCGCUGCUAUUUCUCUUCUAUGGCCUCUACUACGGAGUCUUGGGCCAGGACGUGGCUGAAAUAUCCAGUGACAAGAUGGCCUCCCAUAUUGGGUACUACACGAGUCAAGGUAUGCCCACAAGGCACCUGGAGCCGGGAGUAUGCGCCGUGUGUGGCAACAAACUUCUAGUCCAUGAAAACGAAGAGGGUGUUCUCGAAAAUACUUACAAACUAAGCUGUGAUCAUGUAUUCCAUGAAUUCUGCAUUAGAGGCUGGUGCAUUGUGGGUAAGAAGCAAACGUGUCCUUAUUGUAAGGAGAAGGUCGACCUGAAGAAGAUGUUCUGCAACCCAUGGGAAAAGCCUCAUGUGCUGUAUGGUCAACUGCUCGACUGGAUCAGAUGGUUAGUGGCGUGGCAGCCUGUCAUCUUGGGACUUGUGCAGGGUAUCAAUUAUGUGUUGGGACUAGAGUGACAGGACCAGUAAUUAUCUGUUGAUUCGUUUCAACUUUCAACAAUCGACAUUAAUUAUAGAUACUGCUGAUUACACUUUCAAUAUUUUUAUGAAUUAUCAUAAUACAGCGCAGCUUGUUUCAGUUAAAUUUUCUUCAACCAAAAUACUUUUAUUCUAAAUAAAAAGUCGUUACACAAUUUUUCAACUUUUGAUAGAAUUUUUAGAUGGAUUCCAUCCAGAUUUUUGGGCUUAAUCCAUAAGGACAGUGCUCAUUGUUUGUAUCGUAGUACAGCUAGACUGAUGAAAAUAAUUUUUCCCCAAUUUCUCGAUAGUUUUUUGAAUGUGUUGUAAAAUUGCACAAAAUUCAAAUUGCAUGCUAUUAAAUACCCUGAAGAUUGAAAUCGAUGAACAGUAAUUGAUGAAAAAAAAUGUUCAAGCGGGAAACGAACCUUAAAUUUUCUGAUUGUUAGUCAGAUUGUUUGACUUGAUUCUUUCAUAGCUAAGGAUUUUCUAGCCUUAGUAAUGGUCACAGAAUCAGUCUUGCCAAUAGCUGCUUAUGUACCAAAGUUUGUAAAACUAAUGACAGUCACUGUAAACGUUAUACUCAAUCAAAUUACAUGGAGUUUGUACCAAGAGCCCAAGACAGAAGUUUGACAGACUAUUUGCUUGUAUUAGAGAUGUAUGCAUGUUUGGUUUAAAAAAGUGAAUUAAGUGAACAUCUAUGGUGCUGUCAUCUCUCACAGAGGUUUUCAGGGUAUCUGAUACCUUAUUGAUUUGUAUUUUGUUUCAUCAAUUACUAUUAUAUUUGAUAGCAAUUGAAUAAUAAUUGCAAUCUCAUUUUUAUUUCCAAAUUUAAAGAUGUAUUCUAUUUAUUUUGGGCUCAUGUUAUAUUGACGGUACAUUAGUAACUGGUUUGUGAAUAGUUCUUUGAACUGUUUUGCAGAAUAAUUAAUUACAAAGGAUUACUAGUAACCUUUUUUGAUUUAAUUUAUGAUUUGUAAAAACAGAAAUAAUUUCAAUUUGAAAUAACUUUAAUAUUGAAUAAUUAUAAUUUUUGUUUAUUUCAAUUUGGAAGAGAAACAGUAGAUAUCAGUAGAAGAUUCCUAAAUUGUUGUCUUGGAUGGCAAAAUCAAAAAUGUCAGCUCAACUGUCAAAAUUAUAAGUUUCAAACAUACUUCUCGGUAGUUCGGAACUCACCUAAAACUGUAGGUCCAUUCAUCUACCAUCAUAAUCCAUAUUUAUUCGCUCUUGCACUUUGAUUAAUUCUCAAUCUAUAGUUAUAGUUACACUUAUAUCUUAUAAAAUUAUUCAUGAAUGUUUUAUUUGUAGAAAGCUAUUGCUGUAUUUUAAGGCUAUUUGUCUGAACACUCUUGUGAUGAUGAUGAUGAUAAUAAAAGAGCUGCUGAAGCUCUAUAAAUGCUAUUUUCCCAACAUAUUUUGCUAAUAUUGGCGGUAAAAUCAUUGUUUUAACAAUUUUAAUACUCAUGGGCAAUUUAUUCAAGUUAUAUGUCUAUUUCCCUCCUUUUUUAUAAAACUAUUCCGACCAUACUUUAUCAUCCUUCACAAUAUUCACUUUCUUUAACUGAGACUUCUAUAUUUUAAUUAGGAUUAGAAGUGUAAUCAGCGUCGUUACUAUUAGAUUUGACACAAAUCUAUAUUAUUUAUAAUGAUAUUAGUUGCAAAAUGUUAAUAUAUUAUUAUUAUUAUUUUCUAAAUCUUUGAAAGAUUCCAUAAACAGUUCACCAUUAAAAUUACAAAUAAUAUAUUUAUUGUAUGCAAACGUUGUGUGUUACAUCAGUGUGUGUAGGUGUUUUAAUUUUAAUGGUAUGUUAUUUGGUGUUAAUUUGUCCUUAUUUGUUCCAUUAUGCUGUGAAUUAUGAACACAAUCUAUGAACGUUUUUUUAAAAUUCGACAAUUUUUAUUGCAAGCUGUAGACUUUUGAAAAAUAUACAUAUUUCGUGAUCUCA